AUGGUAAGACCACACGCGUUUGUUAAUGAAUCUAGCCCAAAUUUGAGUACUAUUACCUUUACAAAAACAAAUACUUCUUCUUGCAGGUUUGUAGUAGCCAUUGCAACUUAUGGUUAUUUCGUAAUUUGCUUGAUUGGUCGGCAACCGAAGCUUGAUCAGAAUUCCAUGGAAACAGAAAUUGCCAUACUUUUCCCCAUUUUUACAACCUUUCAAAUGUUGUUUUACCUUGGAUGGUUGAAGGUCGGGCAAGUCUUGAUGAAUCCGUUUGGAGAAGAUGAUGAUGACUUUGAGUUGAACUAUGUCCUGGAUCGCAACACGUUUAUCGCCCGCAUGAUGGCGACUGAAAUUGCUGACCAGUGCCCGGGUGUAGGCCCUCCAAUGGAAAAAGUCAUACCUCAUACAAGAGCAUCAUUUAGAAUCCAGGAUGUCAUCCCCAAAUCCCACCUAGAAUCGUACAAUCCGAGUGAGGAAGAGAAGAAACAAAUUUUUCCGGAAGAUAUAAAAGAGAUUGAGAAACUACUGGAGCAUAAAAAAGGCCAUGUACAACGCUUUGGUGGACUAAUAAGGACUAUGCAUGAGGCGAAAAGGUAA